AUGGUAGUGCCAGCAUUUAUUCUUAUCCUGAUGCUUCAAGCUUCUGCAAUGCAAAACAACAUCAUUGAGCACGAGGAAAGUUCUGAAGGCGACUUUACAGCUCCCAUUUCAGAUACUGAGAUUCUUAACCUGCUUUUCCAAAACAACGAUAGUCAAGGAUCUAGCCAAGAAAUAAGGUCAAAUGCUACAGAAAAAGAAAGAAAACUAACAGCAUCCUGCACAAAUAAUCAAGCUAAUUGCCAGACUUGUGCAUCUGCAACUCUUUGUGGAACUUGCACUACAAGUCAAUAUAUUCCUGACACUAAUGGCGGAUGCACAAACUCGUUCAUUAAAAAUUGUGCUCUUGUUUCUGCUGCUAAUGUAUGCAAAUCUUGCAAAGCAGACUAUUAUCAACGCUGCGAAUCAUGCACUGACUUAAUAGCCAAUUGUCUUUCUUGCUCUGAUGAUGGAAAAUGUAUAACUUGUGGUUCAGGAUAUUAUGUAAAUGCGGAUUAUGGUUGCUCGACAUGCAAUGCUUGAUACUGCGAUACUUGCGGUAUCGGAGGUUCUCCUUGCACUAAAUGCAGCACAGGGUAUUUUUCUUUCAAUAACAUUUGCAAGAAUUGUCCCAGCUUUGACGUGAAUUGUGAAGAAUGUUCAGAUAUCAACCAAUGCACCAAAUGCGCGACAGGAUAUUUAGUAAAUGAUCUAGGCAAAUGCAUUCAAUCAUCAGUUAACAAUUGUAAAGUGAUCGAAUCUAGUACAGGCAAUUGUCAAACUUGUGUGGAUGGAUAUUACCUUAUGGGUGCCAACUGCGACUCAGCAGGAUGCACGGACAAUGAAUACUGGGAUUCAUCCAACAACCAAUGCAAGGAUUGCAGCACAAUUAGUGCUGGUUGCACCGCAUGCACCAUCGAUAAAAAAUGCACCUCAUGUUCAGAUGGAUAUAUAGCUAAUGAUUCAGACAAAUGCUCCUUUUCAUCUCUUUCUAAUUGUGUUAUCGUUAAAACUGCAGAUCCAACUCAUUGCUCGAAAUGCUCAGCUGGAUAUCUCCCCAACGCAGCAGGAGUGUGUAUACAGUCUCAAUUGCAGUAUUGUAGCGUGGCUUCUGAUGCUUAUACUUGUACAACCUGUUCUAGUGGAGCUGCUUUAGGCUGUGGCUCUUGCAGCGCAACUAAUACAAUUUCUAAUUGCGCUUGUGCAGCUCAAGGCGGCUCAAUUUGUGCCAUAUGCAAUAAUGGCUAUAUGAUUAAUGCAGCAGGCUUAUGCGCUAAAGGUAUUUUUCUAUUUAGAUUGUCCUUCUAAUUGUGCGGAUUGCUCUUCAAAAGAUGUCUGCACUCAAUGCAAUUCAGGAUAUUUCCUUUAUGAUGAUAGUGCGACUAAAACAAGCUGUGUUUGUAAGAUUUAUUUAGCAUGUACCGAUUCGUGCAAUUCAUGCACUACUAGUCCUAAUUGUUAUAAGUGUGCUGACUUAGUAGUCCAAGAUGGAACUUCGUGCAGAGUGGAUCAAGUAGGAUAUCAAUUGAGUUUCGACUCUCCAGAUGCAGUUAUUGAUUUUGCUCACUCACUUUCGAAAACAGUAGCAUUUAAUUCUUUUACAGCUAAGAAAAAUCAAGCAGUUUAUCCUACAGCAACUUGGAGUAUCAAAUCAUCAACAGUAAAUCAGAUCAAGGUUGCAACUGACUUGGAUGAAAGUAAGCUCCCAAUUGAUAUUGUCUUCACCUUUAAGGAGAACGACUCUUAA